ACUAUGAAAAGAUUGAAACUUUCUCAGUAUUGAAUUUAAAAUGUUAUAUAUCUUAUCAAAAUAUAUCAAAUUAACAUUUAUCUGGAUUUCCUAAAAAAAAUGCUAAUUUCAUUUUCAAAGAAAAUUGUGAUACCAACUUUUGAGUGAUUCUGGAGAAAAGUUGUUUGGAUAAUACUUUGUCUUUCAAUUGCGACAUUGGGACUUAUUUCUGUUGCUGUGAAUAUGGAGGGAGAGACAUGUGACUUGGAGAAAUGGGCAGACAUGGCCAACAUGAGCAACGAGUCUCUGUGGGCGUUCCUGGAAGAAGAGGAGCACCUGGAGACGCUGAACAAACUUCCGACAUUCAUGUUGCUAUGUGUUCUGAUGGUCGUAGGAAUUCCUGGCAACAUUUUGGUGCUCAUUGUCUACGGCCUGCGGUUUCCGGCCUCUACAACUAAAGUCUUCAUUAUGGCCAUGGCGGCUUACGACCUCCUUAACUGUGUGGUGGGGAUGCCUUUUGAGAUGGUGGAUCUCAAGCAUGACCUAAUGCUGGAUAUACCGAUUCCUUGCAAGGUAUUUCGUUUCUUGGUGACACUGAGCGCCUGUGGUUCUGUUUCUGUCCUUAUCGUGGUGGCCGUUGACAGGUUCCGGCGCAUCUGUCGACCCUUCCGGAAACAAAUGACGGUUGUGCAGAGCAAGGUCAUCACAGGCGGUACAUUGAUUAUCUCCCUUGCCUUCUCAAGCCCCGCCCUUCUGCUGUAUGGAAGACAGACAGAUAUCAGAUUUAAUCACAAAGUUUACGACUGCUCCAUUGAUGACACCUUCCGGAAGUCUAGUUUCGCCCACGGCUACCAAUACGUCCUCGGAGUCACGUGGGUGGCCUGCAUCAUCAUCUUGGUGGCCAUGUAUGGCUUCAUCAUCUACAAAAUCCACAAACAGAGAAAACGACGUAGGAAUCUGUCCGCACACAGCGGUCACGGCAGUCAGGCUCUCAACAACGUUAAGAUCUCCAUUACAGACACUAGUCUUAGCGAGAACCUCCGGGCGGCCACGCCUUCUAAGACGGAGGUGAUCCUGACGUCCGGCGACAUAUCACUGACGCGGACACGCAACGGCAACAUGUCCAUCUACUGCGUGAAAGACUUAGCAGACGACAGCGACGGAGGGAACGCAGGGUCUAGCUCCCGCUUGAUUAAAGACGCGGAGGACUCGGCCGAUAAAACGUCUUCGGAAGCGAGCAGAUCUUUGAAGAGAUUGUUUUCAAGGGAUGUAAACCCAGUACUCCACGAGGAUGCUCACAUCUUUGAUACUGACGUUACCGAGGCGUCAUACGGCGAAGACGAGGCCCUCUCGUGGCAAAUAAGGUCGAUCUCCUCCACCAACAAAAAUGAAAGCAUGAACAACUUUUUAGACUGCUCCACGGAUAAAACAGACACAAAUCGUGUGCUCGGGCAGGAUUAUCAAAUCAUUGAACCUGACGUCAAUGUGACGUCUUGUGACGACGAAGACGUACUUUCAUGGCACGUAGAUAUCACAAUGUCUGCCUUGAACACCAAGAAAAAAGAAAGCAUGAACAACUUUUUAGACUGCUCGACUGAUACCGACUUCAUUCUUGGCUCCGAAAUCGAAGAGCCUAAACAGGAGUCGUCUGCGGUGUUGCAGCCGGACACAUCACCAAUUCGAGCAAGAAAAUACGGACACUGUUUUGGGAGGUAUCGUCCUUGGGAGUCUAUGUACGUGCCUAGAGAGCUGAAGUUAGUCCAGUCUCAUAAAGAGAGGGAUUGGACUUCAAAUAGCUUGCCCAGAGAUAACAGAAAUAGUAUCAAAAUUCGAAAGUCGUCUUCGUCUCCGUGUCUGCUGAGACCUGAUCUUUACAUCACUCGUUUGAAAGAGAUAGUGCAUGGGGUAGAAUCUGAUUGCCGUCUUUUCUGUGAUCCUAUUGAGUCAAACGAUCAUAAACAAAUACAAGCCUUUGAGAACAUAUGUAACCUUUCUUGUGAUUCUCUGGAAUCACUCCGAUAUUUGUCGACAUUUAACGAAUCGGAUGUGGCUCAAAGGAAACAGAAACAUUCUAACGUAACUUGGGACUCGAUGCAACUCAGCCCGGCUCCUUGUCCUGUGAAAUCUAGUCAACUUUCCAUCAAUAAAAUGGACAAGAGUCAGCGAACAGCCAGUGUAAUCACGCUCAAGUCGAGGAAAAAAUCGCUUGGAAGGGAGAUAAAAACCUCCAGGGUCAGUAUGAUGAUGUUAUUAGUGACUCUUGGUUUCGUACUGAGUUAUCUGCCGCAUCUUUUCCUUCAGAUUUACUCCGGCCUCUUCCGGGACCAAGUGUCCCGCUGGCUGUGCCCAAGGGGCAUCCAGUUCCUAUUUUACCACGUGUUUUUUAGAUCAUUCUUCAUUAACAACGCCAUCAAUCCAAUCAUCUACAGUUUCUACAACAAGACAUUUAGGAAUCGUUGUUUUAAAUUGUUGAAGACACCAAAAUCUCUGCUCCGUGGAUCCACUAACGAUCACCUGACUUCACAGGAAAACGACACGUCAUAGCUGAUCACUGCAAUACUAUCAUGUUUCAAUACAGUACAGUCAAGUCUAGCCUACCAACGGUUUCAGGGAAACAUACAUCGACAGAGUGAUUCAGAGUUCUUACUCUUGGCUACACUGUGAGCCUUCCUGGAUUCAGUCAAUCGUACAAGCCGGCCAAUCCAUUUGCGUUUCUCAUUUUCUGAUGUCACUGAAAGGAUCAUAGACUUUUCCAUAAACUUUGUUCCCACUAAUAUUUUCGCUAAAUAUCUGAAUGUCUGCUUCUUAGCCUCCUUUUCUUUCUUGUCUUCGCCGUUUGGACUGCACAAUAAGAAUUAAUUUCCAAAUUGACUAAAUCGUGGCAUUAUUUACAAAAAAAAACAAAAAAACGAAUGCACUAUGGUUAUAAAUAACAAAGGCAUGUCUUCAAGUCCGAAGAAUUAUAAGGAAUGCUGUAUUUUCCGUGGCCUCGCAGCCCCAUCUGCUAUCUUCUUAUUUUUGCCACAUCCAGUGCAGACAUGGUUAUAGAUAGACUGUUUGUUACAUACUAUCUGUUCAUUGAAAACAAAUGAGCCAUUUGUUGUUAACCUAUAGUAUCAGGCCUAUCUACCCAAACAUGUGCAUUCAUGUUACGUAUGUAUAGCACCUAAUGAGAGAUGGCCAGAGAUCGAAAUGUCAAAGUUGGCAAUUUAUAUAGGUUGAUAUAACCGUGUAGCCCUCAUGACAUUUUUUUUAAACACACGACCAUGUUAAAGUUGGCACUAAACAAAUAGAAUGUCUACAAGCAAAUCAAAAUAUAAUAACUGUGGCGUAGACAUCCCUACACUGGGUCAAAGGGACAGUAAAUAGGUGACACUUUGUGUCAUAUACAGAUCUUUAACAGUGAAGAAGAAACUGCUGAGCUACUGAUGACAUGUGGUACAUUGAAUAGUAGUUAUUUACUUUUACAAGCAAAAAUCCUUAUUGUUUUUUUAAUGGUUUAAAUUAAAACAAUAUAAAAGCUA